AUGGCCAGAACCAAACAAACCGCAAGAAAGUCCACCGGUGGUAAAGCUCCACGUAAACAAUUGGCUUCAAAGGCUGCCAGAAAGUCUGCCAAACAACCAUCCACAGGAGGUUUGAAGAAGCCACACAGAUACAAGCCAGGUACAGUCGCUUUGAGAGAAAUCAGAAAGUAUCAGAAGAGUACUGAAUUGUUGAUCCGUAAAUUGCCUUUCCAAAGAUUGGUAAGAGAAAUUGCUCAAGACUACAAGUCUGACUUGAGAUUCCAAUCGAACGCUGUGUUGGCUCUUCAAGAAGCCUCUGAGGCCUACCUCGUCUCCCUCUUUGAAGAUACUAACUUGUGUGCUAUUCACGCCAAGAGAGUUACGAUCAUGCCUAAGGAUAUGCAAUUGGCCAGAAGAAUUAGAGGUGAGAGAACAUAA